AUGCCGAAAAGGGGCAAGAACACCAUCGAACCAAAGGACAGGGAAGGGCAGGGAAGGGCAAGGGAAGGCGGGGAAGGGCAAGGGAAGGCAGGGAAGGGCAAGGGAAGGCAGGGAAGGGCAAGGGAAGGCAGGGAAGGCAAGGAAGGCAGGGAAGGGCAAGGGAAGGGCAGGGAAGGGCAGGGGAAGGGCAAGGGAAGGCAGGGAAGGGGCAAGGGGAAGGCAGGGAAGGGCAAGGGAAGGCAGGGGAAGGGCAGGGAAGGGCAAGUGCAGUCUUUACAUGAUCAAGUAAUGUGUAUACGACCACUCCGUGGCGCCUGGAAACGGCGAGCUCCAUUUACUACCGCUAUUAGCCUGCUCCUGCUUCUUCAUGGACUUACAGACGAUUUUGUGGAGGUUUGA